AUGAUACAGGGGCGCUUGGGCACCAACAGACGGGCCUUACAACCAGCCAAUCGUGGCAGUGGCAUUGUUUCCUGUCACAGAGGUCCGCGUCAGAGUGCUGCGUCGGCCGCUGCCGCGAGUGAGACUGGGGAGGCCGGAGGCCCGCGCCUUCCUCUCGGUGCGCCUUCGCCGCCCCGCAGCGGAGACGGCGAUGCAGCCCCCGGGCCCCGCAGCCGCCCCUCUACGCGCCCAGCAACGGCGACUUCACCUCGUCCUCUCGCCGAGGCGGAAGAUCUUAGUGGCUCUAUAGCAUCUCCAGAUGUUAAGCUAAAUCUUGGAGGAGGAGGGGGAGAGUUCAUCAAAGAAUCUACUGCAACAACAUUUUUGAGACAGAGAGGAUAUGGCUGGCUUCUGGAAGUAGAAGAUGAUGAUCCAGAAGAUAACAAGCCACUUCUGGAGGAACUGGACAUUGAUCUGAAGGAUAUUUACUACAAAAUUCGAUGCGUGUUGAUGCCUGUGCCAUCUCUUGGGUUUAAUAGACAGGUAGUGAGAGAUAACCCUGAUUUUUGGGGCCCUCUGGCAGUUGUCCUCUUCUUCUCCAUGGUUUCAUUAUAUGGACAGUUCAAGGUGGUUUCUUGGAUUAUAACUAUAUGGAUAUUUGGAUCCUUGACAAUUUUUUUAUUGGCCAGGGUUCUUGGAGGAGAAGUUGCAUAUGGGCAAGUUCUUGGUGUGAUAGGAUAUUCUCUACUUCCACUCAUUGUAAUAGCACCUGUCCUCUUGGUGGUUGGAUCAUUUGAAGUUGUAUCUACACUAAUAAAACUGUUUGGAGUCUUUUGGGCUGCAUACAGUGCUGCUUCAUUACUAGUCGGAGAAGAAUUUAAGACUAAGAAGCCCCUUCUGAUUUAUCCAAUCUUUUUAUUAUACAUCUACUUCUUGUCCUUGUACACUGGAGUGUGACCUGAAGUGUUGGAUGUGGCCAGAAACAAUAUUUUAUUCACAUGCAGACUGGUAAAACAUAAGAUUAAGGAGGCUGGAGAAAAUAGGAGUGACUGUUUUAUAUCCAGUUGUUGAAAAGUUUUAAGACCUAAACGCAUUUGUGUAUAUUAUUUAGUCAAGCAAUUAUAGCUAUGUGGAUUUGUAUCAGAGUUCUAGGUUUAAGAUUCUUUAGAUUUUCAUGAAUUAAUAUAAGAACUUUGUGUUUUAUAAGAUUGUGUAGCAAAAAUACAGCUUGAUACCUGUGCCAUAAGCACCAGGACCAGAUUACGAUAUUACAUUGAACGGGAAUAUGAAAAAAUAUCGGUAAUGGUCUCAAAGUGCAAUUUUUAUUUUCAAUUAAACAUAGCUGGCUUUUUUGGCACAGCAAAUUCUGUAUAUAUUUAUGAAACAGUCCUGAUGGUUCACCGAAUAGGCUCUAUAAUUGAGACAUGAAGAUAUUAGUAUUUUUAUGUUAAAGCCCCAGAUUUCUUUGAUUUGGCGUUUGAGAUUUUAUAAAUUCUAAUUUAAUUUGGGGAAAAAAAGUGUACAUGUAUAUUUUGUAUCUAUUGCUUGCGUGUAGCAGAUAUACUCCUUGUUUAAGGACGUACAUUGGGUUUUCAACACUUGAAGACCCAAGCAUUUGAAUUAAAAUUCGCAUUUAUAUCUCUGCCCAGUGGAGCAAGACAUAUGCUGUGUGACAUUAAUUCAUUAAAUGGCUUAUUUGCGGAAUCAAAUUAUUUCAUAUUUAACAAGAUCUGAAUUUGAAGUCACACAAAACAACUGUCAACUGCAGCAUUGGAGUAAGGUGUGGGAGAAGGAAGAUAAUGUAUCAAAUUUGUGAAUGACGAAAUAAACAGAAUGCUUCCCUAACCUUAUAUCUGUUUUGUAACACCUCCUUCUGUACUGCUUUUAAUGGUAUGUAAUUUAACCAGUCAGGAGUGUUUUUCUAAUAUACUGUUAAUCUUUUGUAAAAUGAAAUAUUAAGAUUCUUAAAAGCCUGAUUCUGCCUCCAUUGAGUAAGUAGGGCAGAAUUAGGGACUUAGCAACAAAUUUUCACACUAAUUUUGACUAUCAAAUUAGGUAAUAUUGUGAUAACAUUAAAUACUUCCUGUAUAUACUAUAUAAAUUGUUUGUGUAAUGGUUUAUGUUGAUAAUAUUAAUGGAAAUUAUGGAAAGAAAAAACAUUAUUGAAAGUAACUUAGCAUGAUAUUUACUUUAUUGAAGUAAAGUUGUUUGCUAUCUUCAGUAGGUAAUAUUUGGAAAUAGGUUUUGACUGACUUGCAAAUUUUUUUUGCAAACUUUUGUCUCUUAAAAAUAAUAAUAGUACAACCAGAUAUCCUUACUGCAAAUAAAAAAAACCUAUCAAACAUUGUAAGGUGAUAUGAGGAACUGUCUGUGCUCUGUAGUAGUAGUCAAACUACUGUGAUUUAGCUUCAGUUCUGCAAUAUUUUUAAUAAAAUUAUCCAUAUAACUUGAAA